GAUUGCAUAUUCCCAAAUGCCAAACAAAUUAUAAACAAUGAAACGAGUCAUCGUCGUCGUCGUCCACACGUACGACGCGCACACCCCACCGCCCAACGCGCAUAUUCUACUUAUUUUUCUUCUCUCGUCUUUCUUUCUUAUUAACCAAGCUCUCCGUCUCCAACCCCAAUCCCCGCAAGGCUCUCCUCCUUUAAACUUCUAAAAACAACCAAACUUCUUCACACAAACUCUCUCUCUCUUCUUCGUCGCCGGAAUUUGAACAGAUGGGACCGCCGGCGAGCCACGGUGGACCUUCUCCGCCGAACCCACAACUGACCCAGCAAUUCCUGAGCUCCGUCCUCUCCCAGCGCGGCCCAUCGGCCCUCCCUUAUGCCGAGGACACCAAGUGGCUGAUCCGCCAGCACCUCGUCUCCCUCACCACCGCCUAUGCUUCCCUCGAGCCCAAGACUGCCACUUUCAUCCACAACGACGGUCGUUCCGUCAACCUCCUCCAGGCCGACGGCACCGUUCCCAUGUCGUUUCAGGGCGUCACCUACAACAUUCCAGUCGUUAUCUGGCUCAUGGAGUCGUACCCUCGCCACCCUCCCUGCGUCUACGUCAACCCCACGCGCGAUAUGAUCAUCAAGCGGCCUCAUCCCCAUGUGAAUCCGUCUGGGUUGGUCUCCAUUCCGUAUUUGCAGAACUGGGUUUACCCAAGCUCCAAUCUUGUCGAACUUGCUAGGAAUUUGAGUGCCUUGUUUGGUAGAGACCCGCCUCUGUAUUCCCAGCGUAGGCCAAGUUCUAACCCUAAUCCCAAUCCCAAUCCUCCGAACCCUAACCCUAAUUCAAGCAGUUCGAGUUAUGGGCUUACCCCGAAUGGGCAUUCGUCGAAUUUUCCACGGCCGGCGAUGCCGCCGAGGGCGUACCCGCCGUCGCCGUACGGCGGAGGAGGAAGUGGGUCUUUCUCAAGGGUUCAGACGGAGGAUCCGACAGAGGUGUAUAAGAGGAACGCGAUCAAUAAGCUCGUGGAGAUGGUUCAUGGAGAUAUCAGUGGGUUGAGGAAGGCCAGGGAAGCGGAGAUGGAAGGGAUGUUUAGUGCUCAGGCGACGCUGAGGAUGAGAGAAGACCAGCUCAGCAAAGGGUUGAAGGAGAUGCAGGACGAGAAGGAAGGUUUGGAGCAGCAAUUGCAGAUGGUUUUGAUGAAUUCUGAUAUUUUGGAAGGGUGGUUGAGAGAGAAUGAAGGGAAGGCAAGGAAUUUGGAGCGUUUGGAUGUGGAUGAUGCAAUUGAAUGUGUGGAUUCGCUUUCGAAGCAGAUGCUUGAAUGCACGGCCUCCGAUUUGGCCAUUGAAGAUGCUGUAUAUUCAUUGGAUAAGGCUGCUCAAGAGGGGGCAAUACCCUUUGAUCAGUACUUGAGGAAUGUGAGAUUGUUGUCCAGAGAGCAGUUCUUUCAUAGAGCUACGGCUGCAAAAGUUCGGGCUGCGCAGAUGGAAGCUCAGGUUUCAAAUAUGGCUGUUAGGAUUGCUCAGUAUGUGUCAUGAGAAUUGAGGUGGUCAUGAUUGUUCUUUUUACAGAGGACUCAAAAGCACAUUCAAGCUUCCUUUCUCUUCUGCUGCAUUGUUGCAGCCUCUCACUGGGAUAUUGCUAAAAGAAUUAUAUAUAGCUUGAGGUUUUCAGUGGAAGUUGGCCGAUGUUUGUGCUUUUCUGGCUCAGUUUUUUUUUUUUUUUUUUUAUAAUAUUUAUCUUGAAGGUUGUUUGGCAAGUUAUAUUGAUAGGAAAAAUAUAUAUAGUUUUAUGUGAGAAAUAUGUUGUUCUUGAAUAAUUGUCAUGUUAAAAUUCAUAUUCUUUUUGUCCCAGCUUACAUACUGAUAUUAGAUAAAUUCAUUACACUGUAUUUUUAGUGUGCUUGAUUGUGUUUUAUCCAUUACCCUGUAUUUAAGAUAAACUUAUGUAAUACCAUUUCUCUUCCUUAA